AUGCUGAGACUCCUCAGAGCCCGCAGCAGGAGUUUGUUCCCUGGCUACAAACCCGCCAGCCAAACUGCAGCUUUAAGCGAACCGGACAACUUUGUGGAUCUGACUAGGAUCUUUAUGAAGCCAUGGAAUUCUAUGGAGAAUCUAGGCAAGGAUGUCUAUGAUCUUUAUGCUGAGGAUGAAGAGGAGGAGGAUGCGUUGCCCCCUCGCAUUUUGCUUUCGCCUACAAAGCACUUCAAACUCAACAUCAACGUUGGGGGAACUGUGUACCACAUGCCCUACAGAGUAGCUGUCAGGUACCCCAAAACACGCAUUGGCCGCCUCGCUACUUACACAGACCACAACAAGAAGUUGGAACUUUGCGACGACUACAUUGUCCACAGCAGCGAGUUCUUCUUUGACCGGGAUCCCACUAUUUUCCAAAACAUCUUCAACUUUUACAGGACUGGAGUGUUAUGGAUUAAAGACGAGCUUUGCCCUCAGAACUUCCUGGAGGAGAUCAACUACUGGGGGGUCAGAAUCAAGAACAGCCAACGUUGCUGUCGCGUCUCCUUUGAGGAGAGGCAGGACGAGCUGAACGAGCAGCUGAAAAUCCAGAAGCAGCUGAUGGCAGAGGUGGAGUUAGUGGCCAUGGAGGAGGACGAGGCCUUGUAUCAAAAUAUGGUCUUUGGACGCACCCGCUGGAAGAUCUGGAACGUAAUGGAAAAGCCCUUCUCAUCUGUUGCCGCCAAGCUGAUGGCCGUCGCAUCGUCCAUGUUUGUGCUGAUCUCACUGGUUGCCAUGACGCUGAACACCGUGGAGGAGAUGCAGUAUAAAAUGCCAUCGGGGCAGCUCAGUGGCAGGUUCUACGGUGAACACGUGGAGACUUUCUGCAUCGCCUUCUUCACCCUGGAGUACCUUCUCCGGAUUCUCUCAACACCCAAACUCGGACAUUUUGGACGCAGCGUCCUCAACUCUGUUGACCUGAUCGCCAUCUUGCCACACUACCUCCAGAUGGUCCUGGAGUGUUUUGACAAAGAAGACACACCCCUGCAUUCCGGAGACAAUGAGGCCAUGUCACGUGUUGGGAAGUUGGGCCAAGUUCUAAAGAUCAUGCGAUUGAUGCGGAUCUUUCGGAUCCUGAAGCUGGCCCGCCACUCGACGGGCCUCAGAGCCUUCGGCUUCACUCUAAGACAGUGCUACCAGCAGGUGGGCUGUUUGCUGCUUUUCAUCAGCAUGGGGAUCUUUAUGUUCUCGGCCAUGGUGUACACUGUCGAACACGAUGUUCCCAACACAAACUUCACUUGCAUGCCACUCGCGUGGUGGUGGGCUGCUGUAAGCAUUUCCACAGUGGGCUACGGCGACAUGUUCCCAGAGACCAACCUGGGCCGCAUCUUUGCCUUCGCCUGCAUCGCCUUCGGCAUCAUCCUCAACGGCAUGCCCAUCUCCGUCCUCUACAACAAGUUCUCGGACUAUUACGGAAAGCUCAAGGCGCAAGAGUGCGCCACCGUCACCAAGGCUCGCGGUGAUGUGCGCUUUGCCCGAAGGGCGGCCAAGAAGUUCACGGAAAGUUAUCAGGACGCCGUUCAGUCGAAAGCUUCCAGGCUGCAAUAAAUCAGCAGUGGGGGAGGAAGCAAACCCCAUGAAAGCUGAUCGAGUCUCUCGCGGCCACACUUAGCAGACUUGAUUAAAUGUAAUGGCUAUCCAUGCAUAAAGGGAUCAUUUAUUCAAUGUCAAGAAUAUCAAAUCCAGCAUUUAUUUGAUCUGAAGGAUUGGAAGUAAAGCCAUUUUUUAUAUUUAGUUUUGUAAAGUAGUAUGCAAAAGGUGGCACUAGUAAUGGGGAAAAAUGUUCCUAGUAAGUCUGCUGAAUAGUCUUGAGUACAAAGGGUGUGCUAGUACAGGGGCGUAAAUCUGGAGAUCGGGAAUCAUGUAUAACUUUGCAAAUGACUUUGUCAGUCAUUGUCACGACUGCUCAUGCAACCUUGCACAAGGAGGAGGUGCAAGCUUCUGUAUUGGACCAGUGCUGACUUCACUUUUUUUUUUUUAUAAAGCGUCAGGUCUUGCACGGCAACAACAUUGUGAGUGAGACCUGUCUAAUGUGCGUUCACGUGUGUGCAAAGGGUACGUACGACAGAUAUGCUGUGAAAAGCGAGCUAGUGUGUAAUGGAGGCAAGUGUUAUGCGUCACUGUUGCCAAUGGACCAGACGAAGACUUUGCAGCAUAGAAUUAACAUUUGAGUCAUCAAGCCUUUCACACGGUUCUAGGCUAGCUGUUAAAUCACCAGUGACUCUUAAGUAGGGGGGGGGGGGGGGGCUGUGUCAUGUUUUCAGUUGUUAAUCUCAGAGUAGAUGAGACAAAAACCACCUCUGCCAUUGUCAUGAAAAUAGCACAAACUGGCAGAAACAAUUGUGAAGGUAAAAUGAACAUUACCAGCUUUUUUGUACUGAACAUAUUGAU